GGAGGUGCAUGUGGUGCUGCUGGCCCAGAAGGGCUCCAAGCGCUCUGCUGCAGGACGAUAGAGCCUCUUCCAGCGCCGCAGCAGGCUCUUAUCACCCCCCUGCAGCUGCCCAGAGGGAGCGGAAAAGUGACACAUCCUGUGAUGCAAAGAGGACAUUGCAAGAAGCAGGAAAGAGACUCCCAAGUUCAAGUGUUUGAUGAGGUCACUCACCUGCUGGCAGCCGCAGGGGUGGUGGAAGAUCCUGUGGUGUGGUCCCCACAGGGAGGUGAAGGUGCCAGACUCUUGGCUGUGCCCUCCAGGCUGUCCAGCCCCUCUGGACUUUGAUCUGCUCUCUCGAACAAGCUGGAAAUGCUGGGCAAGCCCAGUCCAACCAUGAGCUGAGGAGAUCAGGGAAGUGGAGAGCAAGGUUCUUCAGAUCCUUCCAAAACCUCCUUUCUUGGAGUCAGUCCGUAGGAAUCCUGCCUUCCCUCCUGCUCGUUUCCUGCAGACGUGCUGGUAUCCAGGAUGGAGAGAGAAGAGAGGGAGAUCCUGGACAAUGAGGUGAAGGAGAUGAGUGGAAGAGCCAACGUGACCCUGGACCCCGACACCGCCAACCCCUUCCUCAUCCUGGCCGAUGACCAGCGAGGCGUGAGACGAGGGGACGAGUGGACUUUGCUGCCCGACAACCCUGAGCGGUUCAACACGGAGCCGUGUGUGCUGGGCAGCCCGGGCUUCACGGCAGGCAGGCACUGCUGGGAGGUGGAGGUGGCCAACGGAGGGGACUGGUGGGCUGUGGGGGUGGCCCAAGAGUCUGUCAGGAGGAAGGGGGUCCUCAGUUUUACCCCCCAGGAAGGGAUCUGGGCUGUGGGGCAGUGGUUUGGACAAUACCAUGCUUUCACCGACCCUGACUGGACCUCCCUGCACCUUGCCUGCCUCCCCAGGGCCAUCCAGGUCUGCCUGGACUUUACAGACAAGAAAGUGGCAUUCGCUGAUGCUGAAAACAAAGCCCCAAUCUUUGCUUUCUGCCUGGAUUCAUGUCCUGGGGUGACACUACACCCGUGGCUCUGGGUGGGAAUGGACUCAUGGCUUAAGCUGUGCUCCUGA